AUGUCUGAGUCCGGUUCAUCUUCCACACCGCCCUUGAAAAAUCCCAAGCUCGGCGCAAUGAACAAAGUCUUUGCCCAAGUCGACCUCGAUGGUCAUGAUCUUCCGCCCUCACCUGCGCCAUCCAGCCCCAGAAGUGGGCGUCAAUACUCAAUCGCAACCCAAUUGGUGUACUCCGAAGGUAAUGAUCAGUACAAUGCAAGCAGUGUACCCAUCUACCAGUCUGCUACAUUCAAGCAAACCUCCGCCGCCGGAGGUGUCUCUGACUAUGACUACACACGCAGCGGCAAUCCGACUCGCACGCAGCUAGAGAAACACCUUGCGAAAAUCAUGCGGGCCAAACGGGCUCUAGUUGUGUCAUCCGGUAUGGGUGCUCUCGACGUGAUAACUCGCCAACUUCGCCCAGGUGACGAGGUGGUGACAGGAGACGAUCUGUACGGAGGAACAAACAGGCUGUUAAAAUACCUCUCUACGCACGGCGGGAUUAUCGUCCACCACGUCGACACCACCACACCCGAAAAGGUACAGGAAGUCCUGAAUGAAAAGACGGCAAUGGUGCUGCUCGAGACACCCACCAACCCUCUGAUCAAGAUUGUGGACGUCCUUACGAUCGCAAGCAUGGCGCACGCCGCCAAUCCAUCCUGUCUCGUGAGCGUGGAUAACACCAUGCUCUCCCCAUUACUGCAAAAUCCUCUCGAACUCGGUGCGGACAUCGUCUAUGAAUCCGGCACCAAGUACCUGUCAGGACAUCACGACCUAAUGGCCGGCGUGCUAGCGGUGAACGACGAAUCGCUUGGUGAGAAGCUUUACUUCACGAUCAACGCCUCCGGCUGUGGACUUGCACCGUUUGACUGCUGGUUGUUGAUGCGGGGGAUCAAAACGCUGAAAGUUCGUAUGGAUGCUCAACAGGCCAAUGCCAUGAUGAUCGCGCAAUUUCUCGAAUCGGCGGGGUUCAAAGUCAGAUACCCGGGCCUGAAGAGCCACCCACAGUACAAGCUCUUCCAGUCGAUGGCACGAGGUCCCGGCGCUGUCUUGUCAUUUGAGACGGGCGACAUCCAGCUUUCAGAGCGAAUCGUAGAGUCGGCGAAACUCUGGGCCAUCAGCGUCAGCUUCGGUUGCGUCAACUCACUCAUCAGCAUGCCGUGCCGUAUGAGUCACGCCAGCAUCGACGCCAAAACACGCAAGGAACGUGGUGUGCCUGAGGACUUAAUUCGGCUGUGCGUCGGUAUUGAGGACGGCGAGGACCUUUUGGAUGAUCUGAGGAGCGCUCUGGUGCAGUCCGGCGCCGUGAGCGUUUCGCUUGAUGGCAUCUAUGCUGGGAACGCGACCGUGGGCAACAAGCAUCCCCAAGACGGUGAGCAUCGGACCGCCGUAGCUGCUGCGGUCAAUGAGCCCUGA